AUGGUCCGUGUCAACACCGAGUCACAACGUUGUAUUGUGCUGAACAUGGAUGCAAACGGAGUGGCUCGACUGAUUUUCGAGACUGAUCGCCGUACGUUUACUGGUAUUCUCGAGACGAGCAAUGGCGAAACAAUCUCCAUCAAUGGCAAAGUCACCGAAGGUGCUCCUGAACCGCACACAUGUUCUGAGCCGUACAUUAUGGACAUCUUCAUAGUUGACGGCGAAGCUGGUUCAUCCUUCAAGCUAAGUUCUGUCCACGUAUUCAUGAACGAUCUGCAGGUUUCAAUCGAAAACCCAGCGAUCAAAUUUUCCACUGAGCAGCGAUUUAUCGGAGCAAAAGCGGAUGUCGUUAUUCAGCAAUAUAUGCAGCCAAGUAUGACUGAUGACAAAAAGGAGGUCUACGUUGGACCAAUGAAAGUCCACGAAAUAACAGUUCACCAGUUCGUCUUGAAUAUUGGAACAACUUCGACUGAAGUGAAUCAAGACUUACAAUAUGCAUGGCCUCUUGAAUACCUCUAA